AUGAUGGAAGCCGUCGACGAUGUAUUAUACGGACUGUGUAUAGUUCUGUUUUUGGGAUAUUGUAUAAACUCGUCGCUUCAUUUUUUUGCCAUCAUUUACGGAAAAUGGAAGUUUUCUCAGAAACUAACAUCCACAGUUCCGGAAGAGUUGCCUGGCGUUUCUAUCAUCAAGCCAUUAGUUGGAGUUGACCCAAAUCUUUUCGAUAACUUAGAGACAUUUUUUAAUUUAAAGUACCCUCAGUUUGAGAUCUUAUUCUGCAUUCAAGAUGAGUUAGAUUCUGUCAUCAUGAUUGCACAGAGCUUGAUUCUCAAGUACCCAAAGGUUGAUGCUAAAAUAUUUAUAGGAAAAAAAAAUGUUGGUGUUAACCCCAAGGUCAAUAACAUGAUCCGAGGCUAUGAAGCUGCCAAAUAUGACCUCUUCCUUAUCUCCGACAGCAGUAUUAGAAUGAAAGAAGACUCACUCUUAGAUAUGGUGCUUCACAUGACUGAGAAGGUGGGCCUGGUUCAGCAGAUGCCCUAUGUCUGUGAUAGACCAGGCUUUAUCUCUCACCUGGAGAAGAUAUUUUUUGGGACCCAUCAUGGCAAGAUGUACUUGACCGCCAACCUGGCAGGUGUGAACUGUGCAUCAGGCAUGUCCACCCUUUUCCGCAAAGACAUCAUUGACGAUGCAGGAGGGCUGGCUCAGUUUGGAAAGUACUUAGCUGAAGAUUACCUGUUGGCCCAAGCAGUCUUGGACAGGGGUUACAAGAUCCAGUUGUGUAGCCAGACAGCUUUACAGAACUCAGGACACACUUCACUGUCAACAUUUCAUGAUCGUCUUAUAAGGUGGACAAAGUUACGCAACGCAACUGUUAUCACUACCAUGUUUUUUGAGCCACCGUACCAGUGUCUUAUGCAAGGCUUAAUCAUGGCGUUUGUGACAGAGCACCUCUUCUCCUGGAUUCCUUUAGUCUUCUUCAUGGGACAUGUGCUUGUUUGGUUCAUUCUCGACUACAUCCUCUUAUGUGUAAUACAGCAAGGCCCAUUGCCCAUGUCUAAGUUCGAGUUCCUCGUGGGAUGGCUGAUAAACGAGUUCUCUUACCCCAUGAUCAUUUGCCGAGCUCACUGGGAUCCGCUCAUCACAUGGAGGUCCCGGCGGUAUAAAGUUCGAUGGGGCGGCAUUACCACUGAAGUAACGUCCGCACCACUGAUGAAACCCAGUGAGAAAACAUGA